CUCUAGACUCCGGCCAUCGCUCCAUAACAGCGUAGCGAAGAUCCUGCCAUAGCGGGAUCGCGCUGCCGCGGAGCAUCCUAAGGAUGAAGCAAGCCGUCGCUAGAACCGAGAUGAGACAGUUUAACGUUACACGUGACGAGGACAGCUGCAGCUCCACCAGCAACGAUUACUCCGGGUACCCCAGAUCCGUCAAGGACCCGCUAAGGGAAUAUGAGGACAUGGAUCCAGAGAUUCAGAAUUUCUUGCCUGACCACCAGCUGAGAAAAAAGAAGUAUGAAACGGAAUAUAGUCCUGGAACCACCUCUUUCGGAAUGUCGGUUUUCAAUCUGGGCAAUGCCAUCAUGGGCAGCGGGAUCCUGGGUCUCUCCUAUGCCAUGGCCAACACGGGCAUCCUGCUCUUCUUGGUCCUUCUUACUGCUGUCUCGAUAUUCUCUCUGUAUUCCGUUCAUCUGCUGUUGAAAACGGCCAACGAAGGAGGGUCGAUGGUGUAUGAGAAGCUGGGCCACAAGGCCUUCGGGAUGCCGGGGAAACUGGCUGCCUCCUUCUCCAUCACCAUGCAGAACAUCGGAGCUAUGUCCAGCUACCUCUACAUCGUGAAGUACGAGCUGCCGAUUGUCUUUCAAGCGCUAUUGGGACUGAAAGAAAAUUCCGGAGAGUUCUACUUAAACGGCGACUACCUCGUGCUGCUAAUCUCUCUCAUCUUCAUCCUGCCCUUGUCGCUGUUACGGAAUCUGGGUUACCUGGGCUACACCAGUGGCUUCUCCCUGCUCUGCAUGGUCUUCUUUCUGAUCAUGGUCAUCUACAAGAAGUUCCAGAUCUCCUGCUCGCAGCUGCUGGAGCAGGAUGUGGUGAACGUGACGCUCAACAGUUCACUCUCCCAGCUGUCCGGACAGUUCCGGGCACACGCCGGGAACGCCACGGGCCACGGUGGCGAUGCCUGCGUCCCCAAAUACGUCGUCAUAAACUCUCAGACGGUGUACGCCAUCCCCAUCCUCACCUUUGCCUUCGUCUGUCACCCCGCAGUGCUGCCCAUGUACGAGGAGCUGGAGGACCGCUCACGGAGGAAGAUGCAGAAUGUGGCCAACGUCUCCUUCUUGGCCAUGUUUAUCAUGUACCUGUUGGCGGCGCUGUUUGGCUACCUGACCUUCAACGAAAUGGUGGAGCCGGAGCUGCUGCACACCUACUCCAGGGUGUACAAAUUCGACGUGGCGCUGCUCGUCGUGCGGCUAGCUGUCCUGACCGCAGUCACCUUGACCGUCCCUGUGGUGCUCUUCCCGAUCCGCACAUCAGUCAACCAGUUGCUGUGCUCCCCGGCGGAGUUCAGCUGGCUACGGCACACCAUCAUCACCAUCCUCCUGCUGGCGGCCACCAACGCGUUCGUCAUCCUCGUGCCCACCAUCCGCGACAUUUUUGGAUUCAUUGGGGCCUCUGCCGCAGCCAUGCUGAUCUUCAUCCUCCCGUCUGCGUUCUACAUAAAGCUGGUGAAGAAGGAGCCAAUGAAAUCUGUGCAGAAGAUCGGGGCGUCCUUCUUCCUGGCAUGCGGCAUCCUGGUCAUGGUUGGUUCCAUGAGCCUGAUCAUCCUGGACUGGAUCCACACUGACUCACCUCAGCCUGAUGGACACUAGAGCGCCCCACCUCCCCAGC